AUGGCUUUUACACUAGACGAAUUUUAUAAAUGUAUUUCCGAUCUAUAUGAUCAAUCAAAGAAAAUUCAUGAUCGAUGGCAAUUAAUUGAAACAAGCAAAGGAUCGUAUUUAAUUUAUUCAUUUAUUGAUAAUAAUUGUUUAAAAUAUGAGUUUCAUAUUGUAUAUAGUGAAAGUUAUUCUGUGCCUGUACUAUAUUUUAAUAUAAGUAAUUUAGAUGGUUCCUUAUUAUCAUUAGAUGAUGUAUGGAAAUUAUUUAUGCAUAAAAAAACUUCGAAUAUGUAUGAAACAAUUACUCAACAAGAACAUCCGAUACUUCAUCGACCAUUUUUUAUUCUUCAUCCUUGUCAUACAGAAAGUCUUCUAAGAAAAGUAGUAGAUCAGCCAACUAAAAAACGAUUCAUUUUCUGGCUUUCAAUAUAUGGACAAUCGGUUGGUUUACCACUGUCAGUUAAUUAUGCAAUUGAUUAA